AUGCCUCGUCAACGCUCCGCCGGCCGCCCCAGCGCCGCCCCCUCGCGCCCUACCGUCUCGGCCGCGAAGCCCGCCCCCGUCCAGUCCCGCCCUGCCACCACCAUGGCCGCUCCUCCCCAACAGCAUGCCGCUCCCCCGGCCGCUGCUCCCCCCGCCGCCGCGCCCUCGCAGGGCCCUGGUCUCUUCGGUCAGAUGGCCAGCACUGCUGCCGGUGUCGCAAUCGGUUCCUCCAUCGGCCACGCCAUCGGCGGCAUGUUCGGCGGCGGCUCCUCCGCGCCUGCCGAGGCUGCGCCCCAGUCCAACUCUCCCGUCGCCUCGGGCGAGUCCCAGACGACGCAGCAGUGGGGCAACAACUGCGCCGGCGCGACCCAGCAGUUCACAAAGUGCAUGGACGAGCACGGCGGCAACAUGCAGAUCUGCAACUGGUACCUCGAGCAGCUCAAGGCUUGCCAGGCGGCCGCCAGCCAGUACUAG